AUGGUUAGUCGCAAGCUCAAAUUCUUAAUACCGCGAGAUCGCGGCGAAUUAGUGCCAAUAUUUCUGACAUUAUUUCUGAUAAGUGUGUAUGUGAUAUUCGAAUUAAGUGUGAUAUUACCAACAGUUUAUCAUAAUAUCUUCACUUAUAAAGAAAUUCUUCAUCUUCUAUUCGGUUUCUAUGCUAUCUUCAAUGUGAUGGGAAAUCUCUAUUUAUCAAUGAUAAUUGAUACGUCUGUCGAUACAAUUAUUUGUCCAGUUAUGUUACCAGCUGCUACGAUACAAGCGACUACAGCAGACAACAAGUCGCAAGAUCUUAUUUAUUAUCACUGUAACUGGCAUUAUUGUCAUCAAUGUGAAGUUAACGUUCCGCCACGAUCGAAACAUUGCUUUUUAUGUAAACGAUGUAUUUUAAAACAUGAGCAUCAUUGUAGUUUCAUCGGACGAUGUAUCGGGUUGCGAAAUAUUCGAUACUAUGUAUGCUUUUUAGUUUGGACUUGGAUCGGCCUAUUCUAUUGCAAUAUUCUGCAUAUGGAUUACACAUAUGAACUCGUUGGAACAUUUUCAUGGCGUGUUAUCAUUGGUUGUUUGUUUCCACUUGGAGCAUGGUUAUUCAGUCUUCUCGAUCAUUUUUCUCUCUUGCUGUCAUUUCUUUGUUCGACUUCAAUUAUGUUAAGUCUCUACAUAUCGACGCUAAUCGUUCAACAGUUCUUUCUGAUUGUCAAAAGUCAAACCUGGCACGAAUAUCAACACAAUAUACACUUGUAUGACACUGGUCGAAGUUUACCAACCAAUUUAGAAGUUGUUCUUGGUAAACGAUGGCAGCUGGUCUUAUUCUCUCCAUUGAUAUCAUCGUCACCUAUCGGCGAUGGAAUGACAUUCGAUAUGAGAACGAUGGAAACAAAUGAUUCACAGCGGAUUGGUACAAAACGCAUCUAA